UCUAUUUUUGUAUGUUUUUGUAGAGCUAAAAGUUUAAAUAUGGCUCCCAAAACUUUACUUUUGCUAAGCAUUCUGGCUGUUAUUUUCAUGAUUGCUUACGCUGGCGAAGCAGCCCGAGAUGUGACUAUGCACUCCGGCGAUGCUGAGAACGUUGGUCAUGUAGCUCACAACAAGGUGGACGGCAUUGAAGAUGCCAAAUAUGGAAAUUACCCUGGCGGUGGUGGAUACCCUGGCCGAGGUGGAGGAUACCCCGGUGGUGGCGGUCCUGGUGGUCGCAACAGCUGCAGAUUUGGUUGUUGUGGUCGUCGUGACUACAAUGGUAUCUGCCAAAGGUGUUGCCCCCAUCCUGUCUAGGAUGUUGAUUCUCAAGUUAAAGACAAGCUACUGGAUUAAUGGAUCUUAUAACUGGGUUUUGGAGUGUUCGUUAAAAUAAAAAGGAUUGCUAUAUCAUGUUAUGUUAGUGGUUGUUUGGUUACAUUAUGCAUUAUCUAUGCCAACCCAAAACUAUAUAUUCUAUAAAGAUGUUGAUUAUGUUUU